AUGUAUUCGCUUGAGAAACGCGCAAUUGAGCCACCUCUACCUCAAGGGGUGGGCUAUGCGGUCGUUGUGGGCAUUGGGUUUCUCAUUGCGUUCGUCAUGGUGCUUGUGACGCAGAUCUUGAAAAGAACUAUAGGCGAGGACAACAAGACCACUGAGAUGUUCAUGACAGCAAACCGGAGUGUCGGAACUGGAUUGACUGCAUCAGCAGUCAUAUCCUCCUGGCUUUGGAGUACUGCAAUGCUGGGGAGUACUCUUGUGGGAUACAAUUUUGGAGUAGCCGGGCCAUUCUGGUUUGCUGCUGGCUGUUCACCCAUGAUAGUCUUCUUCGCUGUCCUCGGAAUUGCCUGUAAACACCGCAUACCGGAAGCGCAUACGCUCCUCGAGAUUGUUCGAAUACGAUAUGGUAAAGUCGGACAUAUCGUGUGGAUUGUGUUGUGCCUAAUCAACAACAUCAUCGCUGUCGCAAACAUGCUCCUUGGAGCUAGCGCCGCUAUCACAGCACUGACUGGAAUGCACGUUAUAGCCGCGACUUUCUUACUUCCCGUUGGCGUGAUUCUGUACACCUUCGUAGGAGGCAUCAAGGCGACAUUCUUGACCGACUAUUUUCACACGUUUGUGAUUACUAUUAUUAUCUGUUUCUUCACGAUCAAAAUCUUCCUCGUACCUGAAAUUGGCUCUCCUGCCGGGUUGUAUGACAUGAUCGUCGAAGCUGGGAAAUCCUCUCCAGUGGCAGGCAAUAAAGAUGGCUCCUACCUGACAAUGACUAGCAAAAAUGCCAUUCUGUUUGGUAUCAUCCAUAUCCUUGCCAACUUUGGCCUUGUCAUCAUGGAUACUGGUUUCUUUGCCAAAGCGUUCAGUGCUGCCCCCCAAGCUGUUGUGCCAGGCUACAUCGUUGGUGGUAUUGCAUAUUUUGCGAUCCCUUGGUGCCUUGGAACGUUGAUGAGCUUUGCUGCUUUGAGUCUUGAAAACACGAAUCGUUUCCCAACAUUUCCCAAUCGUUUAACGAGCACUGAAGUUUCGAAUGGACUCGUUUUGCCAUACGCCGCAGUGGCGAUAGCUGGUAGUGGAGGUGCAGCAGCAGUUCUUCUUAUCAUCUUCAUGGCUGUAACGUCCACCAUUAGCGCCCAGGUGAUUGCUGUAUCUUCUAUCAUAACCUUCGACAUAUAUCGUCAAUAUUUUAACAAAGUAGCCACUGAUAGAGAUGUCAUACGCUGGAGUCACAUAGGAGUUAUCAUUUUUGGACUCUUCUCUGCCGCGUUUUCGACAGCACUAUAUUACGGCAAUGUCGAUUUGGGAUGGACUCUGUACAUGCUCGGUGUACUCACAUGCCCAGGUAUUUUCCCAACCGUUUUCACGAUCCUGUGGAAAAAGCAAUCCAAAGCAGCAGCCGUGAUUUCACCGCUGCUGGGGAUGGCCACGGGUAUAGCAGUGUGGCUCGGCUCAGCCCAUGCGUUCUCUGGCGAGAUUUCCGUGGCAUCGACCGGGCAAACGUUGCCGUGCGUUUACGGAACGACUGCUUCUGCGCUGAGCCCGGGUUUAUACUCGUUGAUUAUAACGCUAAUCAAGCCAGCAAACUAUAGAUGGGAGGAUUUCCGGAAUGAGCGGCUGGCUUUUGAUCAGCCAACCACUACCGCCAAAGACACAAGGUUUCCUCCUCAUACCGAGUUGGUUACGCGCUCGACAUAUGCAGAGGACAAAGCCAAGCUCAAGCGCUGGGGUAGGAUCGCAAGCAUUUGGGCAGCGGCGACAUUUCUCGGGCAUUGGGUCUUGUGGCCCCUGCCAAUGUACGGUUCAGGCUACAUUUUUGGCAAAGGGUUUUUCGAAGCAUGGAUUAUUGUCGCUAUCAUUUGGGUAUGGGGAACAAUGCUUGUUGCCGGUUUCUUCCCUCUGAUAGACGGAUGGAAACAACUAAGGGCAGUGUAUCGAGGACUAAGAUAUUCCGAAAAACUGCAGAUUACCGACAGUGGGACGGAGACACCACAAAGCACACCACAGAGCGUAAAGGUAUAAGAGUCAAAGAAGACACGCGUCUCCUAUCUCUCGCUCUGGCAUUUGUCAUCGCUAGUGUCCAAGGUGCGGACUAGGUGCAGUUAAGACUAUUGAACAUGCAACAAAUCUCUUCUAAGAAUAGGGAAGGGAGAAUGGAGAAAUAAAAUAAAGAGGAAAUCUGCUGUCGGACGUAACAGAUGUAAUAUAACGUAUUUCGGCCAUCUGUUGAUGCUCUUUCCAAAUGACGAACCGCUCUUUUGAUAAACUAUUAACAGUAGAUAAUAGUGCAAGCGUUGGCUUUAGGCUCAGACAUCCGUAUGUUGAGCCCGGGAGACCCCGGAAGCGUGAAAUAACAAAGCUCGUGAUCAUCAGCAGCAAUUCAACUAUUUACAUUUGAAAAGAUGAGAGGCUCUAGCCCACCUGUUUUACACUCAAUGAGUUCCACAUUGACAACUCCAUAUUUUCCUAUCGCAUUUUCGUGCACAUAUCGUGUCAGCUCUUGAGAAAGCA